UUAAAUUUAAAAAUGAUAUUCAAUUAUUACAACUACGAUUAGUUAUAAUUACUACAAACUACUAAUUUAAAGAUUGUUUUAUUUAAUAUUUUUUAAUGAAAGUUUUUUUCAUUUUUUUCUGAUACUUAUUAUACAAAUUAGUCAUGACUGAAAAAGUACUGUAUAUUGUAUCCGACUACAUUGAGUGGUAUGAGCCUGUUGAUCUCAAAAAAGUGUCUAAAAAACCAGCUCACAGUAUUACUGACUAUUUUGGAGCGUUCCAGUAUUUUCCCUAUUUUUCUGGACAGCCAUAUAAUCCUAAAGAACCAGUCUGGAAAUUUUGCAUUGGUGGGAAUGGGCAAGUGCUAGCUGUAGUUCAACAGAGUACGCUUGAGAUGCGUACAGAAAAACAUUACAAUAAAACUCUAGCAAAGGCAUCGUUGCCAGACAUUAUUGCUGAUGAUUUAUAUCCUUCAAAAAGGAUAUUGGCAUGGAGUCCAGAUUGUUCCAUUUUUGCAAUAGCAACUUCCCAAGCUGAUAUUGCAUGUUACGACCUAUUAGCUUCUAAUUUAUUUGUAAUAGAAUCUGCAUCCAAAAAUAAUAAACAAUCACCAAACGAUAAACUAGCUAAAGAAAUGGUAUUCUUAGAUCUUCGUACAAAAUCAUCCAAAUGGUCGUACGAAUUAAUUUUAAUUGGUGGAAAUGGAUCAUUGACUAGUUAUGCAGUUUCAUCGGUUUAUGGUUACCAAAUCCAACAUACAUUUAAUUUUAUUCAAAUUCUGAAUGCUUCUCUCUUAACAUCUGUGACUUUAUGCUCUGAUCCAGCUUAUGUGGUUACUUCAUCAGACGUACAUAAUAAAUUAGACUUAAAUGAUUCCGGCUUAAAUGUAUGGUCGAUGAUAUCGUAUGAACCAUAUUAUAGUCCAGUUUUGGCUUCUAACAUUCAACAAGCUGGAUUUAUGUCUAGACUAGUCAAUGUAAUAUUACACAGACAAAACAAGUUUAUUGUAAAAAUGAGUUUAUCACCUUCAGCUGCAAAUUUAGCAUGUUUGUAUGGAACUCAAAAUGUUUGUAUUUGGAACUUCCCAAAAAUAACUUUGUCUAAUGAAUGGUGCAUAAGCGACCAAAAAGAAUGGGGUGGAAUUAUAGAUAUUAGUUGGUGGUGUGAUGAGAUUUUGAUUCUGGGAUGUUUUGAUGGCACAUUGGUUGUAUGUAAUAAAAAUGGCCAGCAAAGUAUUGUUAACACUAAAAUGAAUUCUACUUUUUACAAACUAUGUGGUACUUAUAAUAGUGAUAAUUUUGUUGUUGCUGAUUUUAAAUUAACAGAAUCUUCCAAUAUUUCACAGGAUGCAUCUAUAAUUGCUAAGCCAGUCACAACAUAUAUGUAUAAACUCAUAGCCGUUACUAAAACAACUCCUCAACAGCUAUUGAUUAAGAAAAUUCAACUCAAAGAAUACGAAGAAGCAUUGGAUCUAGCAAUUCAAUACGACUUGGAUAAAGAUUUAGUUUAUAAACACCAAUGGCGAGACAGUUUAGUUCUCGAAGACACAAUUACAGGCAUUUUGAGCAAAGUAUCAGAUAAAAAAUGGAUCGUUCAAGAGUGUUGCUACCGCGUUUCAGAUUCAUUGCUCGGUGCCAAACAGCUGUUAGAAUAUGGUUUAGAAAUUACAGAUUUUUCAGCUUAUUUAAACAUAGAAACAGGAAAUUGCAAAACAUCUGACUCGAUAAGUGAAAUGGGCAAGGAAUUUGUGACGUCAAGGUUAAAACUUUUGGAAUACACGGAUAAACUAUCAACUUAUGAAAAGAUUUUACGAAAAAUGGAAGGAGAUAGCAACUCUCUUUAUAAAGCACAGACUUAUACAGAUUUAAGAGAUCUUAGUCCUUUACAGUGGGCAAUGCAGUUAGCUCAGCAGUGUCAAGUAGAUGCUGUUUCAAUUGUUAUUACUUAUUACAGUGAAAACGUUCUCCCUUAUUGGUUAGAUGUGUUGUCUGAAUUUCCAGAAACAUUAAUGCCAAGACUUUACAGACAUCUGUUACCAGUUUGGGAUUCUUCCACCAAGCAAGUCCUGGUUCCAGAGUCAAAAACUAUAAGAGAACUUGAUUGGUGUGAAUCUGAUCGCUUUAAACUCCUGACAAACACCUUUCAAACUGUAAAACCGAUGUUGUUGACUGAGAACGAUCUAAUUUUUUGGUAUACCAAAAGAAUAAGAGAUAUUGAGUCAAGCACUAAACUGGUACAACACACAUUAGAACUCGCAACUAUUGCUAUUGAAAAUAAUAUUAAGGAACUAGAACAACUUCACGAAGACUUAUCUAUAUUAGAAGUAUUAGUGUAUGAAGUAGGGCUUGAUUACAUGUAUUUGAAAGAUAUCGAACAACUUACUACUCUAGAAAAAGCAAAACUUUUCAUGUUAAAGUGUGAUGAAAAUAACUUUCUACAUCAUUUGUCAAAUUACUUUUUACCUUAUAUACAAUCAAAGCCUAAUACUUUUUAUUUAUUAGAACAGUAUUUAAUUGAAACUAGUCAAAAGUCGUUGAAGAAAAUAGCACAAUUUUUUGAGUAUACUCAAUUAAAUGGUUGGUGCAUUAGUGGUGUGACAGACGAAGCAAAAAUUUCAUUGGGCCUCUUAUGCAUUUAUACUUACACAGAAAGUGAUCAGUUAGACGAGGCACUAUCUAUUGUUUUAUCACUUAUGAAAACAAUCAAAAACACUACCAACAACAAACCACAUAUGGAUAAACUUAACGACACAAAACAAAUAAUAAAUGCGUCAAAAUUAUUAUUGACUUACGGUAUAAAUUAUUCUCUGAAAAAACUUCUUGAUAAUAUAAGUGACCCCAAUUUUUAUCGUAGCGUCAUGAUCUCCGUUUGUGAUUAUACAUCUAUAAAAAACCAAACGGAUAAAUACUGGUCAAACGUUCUUGGAGAUUUAUUAAAAAUAAAAGAAUUGUGUUUUUCAUCACUUUCUACUGCAAUUUGUUAUGAGGAAUAUGCAAAAAAAUUGUUAUUUAGUAAUGAUGAAAAAAUUAUGGUACUGUGCACAACUAUUUUAAAAGACAAAUUACCAGAUGAAAUAUGCUUACAACUUAUUAAAGAUACAUUUGCCAUGUACUUUGAUCGAUCAAAAUCAUUCAACGAUUCAGUUAUGGGCUUAGCAAAAUUAUGUUUAACCAUUGUACCCGAUAUUGAUGAAUACUUAACUAAUGAAUGGAAUUUUGUGACAGCUAUGACAAUAUUUAACAAUAUAGGCACUAAAAUACUUCCAAUUCAAGUUCGCAAUUGCAAGAACAAGUGGAAAUUGAUCGAUAUAAGUUUAUCAUCGAAGCCAAAAAAUUAUACAUUAUCAAAGAAGUUGGUCACGUUAGCACAUAAAUUGGGAAUAACAGUUGGAGAAGACUUUACAAACAUUGAAUCGUGUAUUUUGUUUAAAUGCGCAAUGAUGGCGUACAAUGCAAAUGACAUAAAGUUUGCUUCAAAAACUUGUGUUCAGUUAAUGGAAAAAGACGAGUCACCAGUUUGGUCACUUUGUUAUGAACUGGGAAAACAGCAUGAAAUUAUUGAUAUUAAUUUAAGGAAAAAAAUGCUAUCGUAUGCUGUGCUUAACUGUCCAGCCGAUAAAGUGGUCUCCAUUGUCAACUUACGAAAACUAUUAGAGGACAUCGAUAUUGCACAUAAUUUAGAUAACGACGAUUCUGAACUAAAGCUACCUAAAAUUGAGAAUUUAAAUUAUUUCGCUGUUUCUAAUUAUGAAAGUUCCAUGCAUUUUAAUUGUUCAAAUUGUGUUGAAGUAAUGCCAUCUCGUGAAACGUUGAAGUCAAAUUUACACGACCUCCAGUUACUUUGUAGUAAAAAUGAUUCUCCCAAUAACUUUAAUAAGGCCUUAGCUAUUUACGGCUUUAAAUGUCUCGGACACGAUUCUCAAAUGUCAAUAUUGUGCUAUUUAAAUAUAACAAGUGACGAUAUUGUCGAUCAAUGCUUUGAAAAUUGUAAUGGGAUUUUGAGUAUAAAGUUAGCGUUGUAUAUUUUUGCGUUACGUUACGCUAUUCAAGUAUUCAAAGAAACUGAAUUACUCCAUGAGCCAACUGAUCGGCUGAUUAAACGGGUAAUGUCGCAUUUGGAUAAUGUAGAACCUACAGAACUGGUCCUUGACGUUGUAAAAUACAUACGUAAAUAUGCUCUGUUAUAUAGUAAAUGUGCAAAAAAAAUAGAUUUAAAUGUAAACACAGAAGAUUUAAAUAAAGAACUAAUUAGAAUGGCCAAAACCGGUAAAUUAACAAACUUGGAAAAAGCGUUAGAAAUAUGUGAUAGACAAUCGCUGGACAUAAACGACAAGCUGUUGGUAGAAUUUUUGAAAUGUUGUUUGUUUACUGUAUCGGCAAGAAAGCUAGAAGAAAAUCUUGAACUUCUAGAGUUCAAUACUUUAAUUAAGAACACUGAAGAAUUUCAUAGCAGUAUAGUGUCAGAUAUUUAUGAGGACAUACCGGGUAUCAACCAUAAUGUAUUGAUUGCCUAUUAUACUGCACUUAAUUUAAUUUAUCCCGAUGAUCGUUCCCAUUGUAAAGACUUGACUCCAAAAGAGCAUAUAAAACUGUUAAAGAGAGUACACAGCACAAUUCCCGAUAUCGACUACAAACUUUUAUUGAGCCCUGAUACAGCAUAUGAAACAUUUAACGUGGCACAACAGGCUGGAUGCAGUGGUCCAGUCAUGAAUAGGUUGCUGAAAAGUUUACCGGAUAAUAUACAACAGUGUAUAAAACUUUCUUGUUCUGCAUCAUCAUCCAUGUCUGAUAUUAGUCAAGAGAGUUCGGAUGUCAAUCAACUAUUUCAAAGAAUUGAAUCUCCGGCCGAUAUCGACAAGAUUGUAAAACUAUUACCACAAAGCAACGAAUCAAACGGAUUAUGGGUUGAAGCGAUGAAGCGGUUGUUAAGUAUUGAACCACAGGAAUACAAAACAUCAAUUACGAUAUUAAAAUAUACUUGCAAUAAACAUACAUUUAACAAAGAGGAAUUGGAGAAUCUUAACGAUGUUCCAAAUGUAAACAGAACUUUGCUUUCUUUAUUGUAUUUAAUAUCUGGCGAGAGUGCUGUAGAAACAAUGGCUGUUAAUUAUUUCCAAUCUAAUCAUGAUUUACCUGAUUUAGUGUUGGACACAAUUCUUGAGUACGGACUUAUGGAGCAGUUGAUUAAUUGUCGUGAAAUAGUUGAAAAUCUUUCAUAUCGAGCAUUGACAGGAAAUAAUAAAAAAAAUUGCCGCUUAGUCUGCGAACAGUUGACUUCUAACAAACAAAACCAAUUAGCUGGUGCUUUGUAUUUGGCACAUAACGGAGUACCCGCUGCUUUGAAAACCAAUGUAGCUGCAAGGGAAAUAGCUGAAAGUUAUUUAGCUAGAAAUUCUAAAGAUAAAUAACAAAAACGGUUCAUAACUUUUAUUCUUAUGUACAAACAAAUCUAUUGUUGGAAUUAUAUUUUUUUAUUUUAUAAUUUUAUUUGUUUUAAUAUGCUGUUAAAUGUUAUUGUUUUUAAGUCAAUCAAAGGGUAUCUCAAAUUGUCACGCUUAUUUUUAUUAUUAAAAAAUAUAUAUAUAUAUUAUAAUAUGUGAUAUACAUGGUA